GCGAUUGGCGGCGGCACCGCUCGCGUCGCAGGGCGGCAGCCAAUCGGGGCCGGACGCGGUGUCCCGCGAGAGGGCGCGGCGGGCCGGAGCGGAACGGAGCGGAGCGGGCCGAGGGGCGCGAUGAGGUCCGGCGGGUUGUGGGUGCUGCUGCUGCUGCUGGCACUGGCCCAGGUAGCCCUCCUGGCGCGGGGGGCGGCGGCCGAGGAAGACGAUGGAGAAUCUGUUACAAAAGAAGUUGAGGAAGAUAGCGAUGAUGAUGAAGAAGAAGAUGAUGAUGAUGAUUCAGAGGUUAAAGAAGAGAAUGGUGUGUUAAUACUGAAUGAUGCAAACUUUGACACCUUCACUGCAGACAAGGACACUGUGCUGCUGGAGUUCUAUGCACCCUGGUGUGGGCAUUGCAAGCAGUUUGCUCCUGAGUAUGAGAAGAUAGCCAAGACUCUGCAGGAAAACGACCCUCCUAUUCCAGUUGCCAAAAUCGAUGCCACUGCAGCCACUUCCCUGGCGAGUCGCUUCGAUGUCAGCGGCUACCCAACUCUCAAGAUCCUGAAGAAAGGCCAACCUGUUGACUACGACGGUUCCCGGACGGAGGAUGCAAUUGUGGCCAAGGUCAAGGAAGUUUCUGACCCCAACUGGACCCCCCCACCAGAAGCAACCCUCGUGUUGACCCAGGAUAACUUUGACAACACUGUGAAUGAUGCUGACAUAAUCCUGGUGGAGUUCUAUGCUCCAUGGUGUGGCCACUGCAAAAGGCUUGCUCCAGAGUAUGAGAAGGCUGCCCGGGAGCUCAGCCAGCGCACCCCUCCGAUUCCCCUGGCCAAAGUCGAUGCCACUGCCGAGACUGAGCUGGCAAAGAGGUUCGACGUCAGCGGCUACCCAACUCUGAAGAUAUUCCGCAAGGGCAAACCUUAUGACUACAAUGGGCCACGGGAAAAAUACGGGAUUGUGGACUACAUGAUUGAACAGGCUGGUCCUCCAUCCAAACAAAUCCAGGCUACCAAGCAGGUACAGGAAUUUCUGAAGGAUGGUGAUGAUGUCAUCAUCAUUGGUGUCUUCAGUGGAGAGAAUGACAAAGCCUAUCAGCUCUAUCAGGAAGCAGCUAAUGGCUUAAGAGAAGAUUACAAAUUCCACCACACCUUCAGCAAUGAGAUUGCCAAACUGCUGAAAACAUCCCCAGGGAAACUGGUUGUCAUGCAACCAGAAAAAUUCCAGUCAAAGCAUGAGGCCAAGAUGCAUGUUUUGGAUCUGAAAGACUCUACAGAUGGCUCAGAGAUUAAAGAACACGUGCUCAGGCAUGCUUUGCCUCUGGUUGGUCACCGCAAGCCUUCCAACGACGCCAAAAGGUUCUCCAAGCGUCCUCUAGUGGUGGUCUAUUAUUCUGUGGACUUCAGCUUUGACUAUCGCGUGGCUACCCAGUACUGGAGAGGCAAAGUCUUGGAAGUGGCCAAAGACUUCCCUGAGUAUGUGUUUGCUGUUUCUGAUGAGGAAGAUUAUUCUUCUGAGAUAAAAGAUCUGGGCCUGCUGGAGAGCGGGGAGGAUGUCAACGUGGCUAUUCUGGAUGAAGGAGGCAAGAAGUAUGCCAUGGAGCCGGAGGAGUUCGACUCUGAUGUGCUCAGGAACUUUGUAAUGGCAUUCAAAAAAGGAAAACUGAAGCCUAUUGUGAAGUCCCAGCCAGUGCCAAAAAGCAACAAAGGGCCUGUGAAGGUAGUGGUGGGUAAAACGUUUGAUGCCAUAGUCAUGGAUCCCAAGAAUGAUGUUCUCAUCGAGUUCUACGCCCCGUGGUGUGGGCACUGCAAGAAGCUAGAGCCAGUGUAUACCGAGCUGGGCAGGAAGUACAAGAACGAGAAGCAGCUGGUGAUAGCCAAGAUGGAUGCCACUGCCAAUGACGUGCCCAACGACCGCUACAAAGUGGAGGGGUUCCCCACCAUCUACUUUGCUCCCAGGGACAAGAAGAACAACCCCAUUAAAUUUGACAGCGGGGACAGAGAUCUGGAGCACUUGAGUAAAUUUAUAGAGGAGCACGCAACAAAACUCUCCAGAACAAAAGAAGAGCUUUAGAUGGGAUGGGAGCAGGGAAGCAAAGCCCUUGGUGUGCUGUAGAGAGAAGCAAGUUCCUGACACAACUCAAGCUAGAGAAGGCUUGAGCAGCUGGAGCCAGGAAAUUAUCGAGCAGUAAGGCAAUUGCAGUACCUUUGUUUUUUUAUGUAUGGCAGAAGAGAUUCUCUGGACACUGAACUUCUCUGACACAGUCUUCAGUUAGUUACUGUUUGAACUUUUGGAGAAAAAUACAGCUUUUAUUUUUGGUGACUAUCUUGAGCUUGAUUCUUUGACUCCAGUGCACCUGUUAAGAGAUGGUAGCAAAAAGAGAACCAGAUCCCUCUGCUGAA